AGGGUUUGUGUUUUGACUUCAUUCCAGCUGAGGUGCUCAUUCUUUGACCUUAAUUUUAUUUUUGUUGCUUUGGGGAAGCUGUUUUUGAGGUCUUUGUUCCCACACUCAACUGCCAAUGCUGGAAAGUUUUGGAUGCAAGAGUUUUAAUUUAUCUUGCCCGGUUUCCAGAGACCACACUGGGGAGUCUUCCCCCUAAUUAUUGCGUUUGAUCUAGGAAAUUUUGUUUUUGUUUUUGUUUUUGUUUGUUUUUUGCUUUGAAAUGGUAUAUCUAUUGUUGAAGAUUGGAUCUUUUAUGUUUUUAAUUGGGUUCAAUUGACUUAGAAGAUUUGUUCUGUUAGUUCUCAGAUGGUGAAAAGUUCAAGAUUUGGAAUUUGUAAUUUGUUUUCCUGCAUCUUAUCAGCAAGCAAAGAAGAGUAGUUCAGUUGGAACAAUGACGAGGGUAGGCCGUGAUUUCAGCAACACAAUGCAAAAAGAGGCAGUGCCGGCAGUGUCGGCCGAUGUGACAUUUACCUCAAGUAGAUUUCCCAACUACAAAUUAGGACCUUACAAUCAGAUUAUGGAGGCAAAGGAGGACCCUAAAGUGCUAUCCAUGAAGGAGGUUGUUGCACGAGAAACUGCACAGCUUUUGGAGCAGCAGAAGCGUCUUUCGGUUCGUGAUCUUGCAAACAAAUUUGAGAAAGGGUUGGCUGCUGCCGCCAAGUUGUCUGACGAGGCUAGACUUCGAGAGGCAGCCUCAUUGGAGAAACAUGUUCUUCUGAAGAAACUUAGAGAUGCACUGGAAUCUUUGAAAGGGCGUGUGGCUGGUAGAAACAAAGAUGAUGUAGAGGAUGCCAUUGCUAUGGUGGAAGCUUUAGCAGUUCAGCUGACUCAAAGGGAAGGGGAAUUAAUUCAAGAAAAGGCAGAAGUGAAAAAGCUAGCAAAUUUUCUUAAGCAGGCUUCAGAAGAUGCUAAGAAACUUGUUGAUGAGGAAAGAUCUUUUGCUCGUGCUGAAAUUGAGAAUGCCAGAGAAGCAGUUCGGAGAGUGGAAGAGGCCCUUGAGGAACAAGAACGAAUCGCUCGGGCCUCAGGAAAGCAGGACAUGGACGAAUUGAUGAAGGAGGUUCAAGAAGCUAGACGGAUCAAAAUGCUGCAUCAGCCGAGCAAGGUUAUGGACAUGGAACAUGAGCUUCUAGCAUUAAGGCUUCAGCUUGCAGAAAAGUCUAAGCAUUCUCUUCAGCUCCAGAAAGAGUUGUUAAUCAGCAAGAGCAGGAGGGGUGAGGAAAACAUGUCUGAUAUGUAUGAAUUAGAUGGUCCUGAAGCUUUGGGCUCGUUUUUGCAAAUUCAAGCUUGCUCUGAUAAAGCUCCAGAUCUUUCUCAUUGUUCAAUUCAGUGGUAUCGUGUAUCAUCUGAAGGUGGUAAAAGGGAGCUUAUUUCAGGAGCCAUCAAAUCAGUUUAUGCUCCAGAGCCCUUUGAUGUUGGGCGAGUCUUGCAAGCUGAUAUUGUUUUAGAUGGCUACCAAAUCACAUUGGCAACUGCUGGUCCCAUUGAUCCAGCUGCUGGUUUGGGAAGCUAUGUGGAGGCCCUUGUGCGGAAGCAUGACACAGAAUUCAAUGUUGUUAUAACCCAGAUGAAUGGUGCAGAUCAUCCAUCAGAGUCUAUUCACGUGCUCCAUGUGGGAAAAAUGAGGAUAAAACUUUGUAAAGGAAAGGCAACAAUUGCUAAAGAAUACUAUUCAACUUCAAUGCAGCUCUGUGGGGUUAGAGGAGGAGGUAAUGCUGCAACUCAGGCAUUGUAUUGGCAAGCGAAGAAAGGGCUUUCCUUUGUAUUAGCAUUUGAGUCAGAGAGGGAUAGGAAUGCAGCCAUUAUGCUCGCCAGGAGGUUUGCAUUUGAUUGCAAUAUCAUGCUUGCUGGGCCUGAUGACAGAGCUCCUCAAGGAACCUAACAAACGUGCAUAGUUUUCGUCUUCACUUAAUAUGUAAUUAAGUUGGUUUUCCUAUAACAUAUACUUGAAAGAAGUUUGCGUUAGUUGAGCAUGGCAUUGUUGUGAUUGUAAUAUUGGUUUCCAUGAUUCUUCCUUCUUCCUCCUUUUUCUUUCCCAUUCCCUUCCACCGCCAAGGCAUCCUUUUAGUUGCCUUUAUGUCCUAAUGUAACAAAUUUUCAGCUUGCAUUUGGAGAAUUUAUUUGCAGCUGUGUGUCAAUCUGUAAAGCUUUAUUUCAGUGUUGAGUGAUAUUUUGAUGACUAAUGCCUAUAUACAAUUGUUGUUGUUAGUAA